UACCACUUCACUUUAACACCCACAAAUGGCUUCUGUUCCCUCCUUAUCCCUAACCUUCAUCCCUCCAUAUGCUCAAGCUCGCACCAACAAACCCAGAAAACAACUCACACCCAGAAACCCUAACACAAAAAAGAUCAAACCCAUUACCACCCCACCUCUAUCCUCCAUUUCCGGUGGUCAAGCAACCACCUUUACUCGCUUACCCCCUAAAGAUGACUUCUUUAUCCCCUCUGAUCAGUCUUCAGAAAUCAAGCUUGCUGAUUUGGCAGUACCAACCCAUAAAGAUAAGAAAGUUUCUGUUAAUAAGAUAGAGGAUGCUGAUUUAGAGUUGGAUAGUGAUGAGAGUGAUUUGGAAAAUGAUGGGUUUGAUUAUGGGAAAUUUGAGUUGUUUGAGGUGAAUUCAGAUGAUGAGUUUGAUGAUGAUGAAGAGUAUAUUGUAGAUGAAUUAGGGUUUGAAAAUGAAAAUGAACAAAAGGGUGAUGAAGAAGAAUUAGAAUUAGGAUUGGGAUUUGAGUUGGAAGAUGUGAGGGAGAAGGAGAAAGGGGUGCCUGCAGUGAUGAGAUGUUUCGAUAGGGCGAAAAUCUACGUUCGAUCAGGGGACGGUGGGAACGGUGUGGUGGCGUUUCGGCGUGAGAAGUUUGUGCCGUUGGGUGGACCGUCGGGCGGUGACGGCGGGAGAGGGGGGAAUGUGUAUUUGGAAGUUGAUAGUUCUAUGAAUUCUUUGUUGCCUUUUAGGAAUAGUAUUCAUUUUCGGGCUGGGAGGGGGGAUCAUGGGCAGGGGAGUAAGAUGAACGGGGCGAAAGGGGAGGAUGUUGUUGUGAAAGUGCCGCCCGGGACGGUGGUUAGGGCGGCUGGAAAAGAUGGGGUUCCUGGUGAUGUGUUGUUGGAGUUGUUACAUGUAGGUGAUAGGGCUUUGUUGUUGCCUGGUGGUAGAGGUGGAAGGGGUAACGCUUCGUUUAAAUCGGGAACGAAUAAGGUGCCGAGAAUUGCGGAGAAUGGUGAAGAAGGUCCUGAAAUGUGGUUGGAAUUAGAGCUUAAAUUAGUUGCAGAUAUUGGAAUAGUGGGAGCUCCAAACGCGGGAAAAAGCACAUUCCUAAGUGUUAUCAGUGCUGCUCAACCAAACAUUGCAAAUUACCCUUUUACCACAUUGCUUCCGAAUCUGGGUGUGGUAUCAUUUGAUUACGAUGCAACUAUAGUUGUAGCCGAUCUUCCAGGUUUACUUGAAGGUGCACACAGAGGUUUUGGUUUGGGCCAUGAGUUUCUUAGGCAUACCGAAAGAUGUUCGGCUCUGGUACACAUUGUUGAUGGCUCAUCUCAACAACCGGAGUAUGAAUACGACGCAGUUCGACUUGAACUGGAAAUGUUCAGUCCUGAAAUUGCUGAAAAACCAUAUAUAGUUGCAUACAACAAAAUGGAUCUCCCUGAUGCAUAUGAAAGAUGGGAAUCAUUCCGGAAACACCUUCAGUCGCGUGGGAUUGUACCUUUUUGCAUCAGUGCAAUAAAUAGACAAGGGACUAGAGAAUUAAUUACUGCUGCUUAUGAGCUUAUACGCCAACAAGUUGAAGAUAAAAAAGAAGAUGGUUGGAGAGAUCCGGUGCAUUUUAGUCAUGUGGCCGAAAUGGUGAAAAAGCAACGAACGGCUCCCAUAAAUGAAUUUGAGAUCUCUUAUGAUAGUAGCUCCAAUACAUGGCAUAUUGAAGGCGCGGGUUUGCAACGAUUUGUUCAAAUGACUAAUUGGAGAUAUAUGGAUUCUGAUAGAAGGUUUCAGCAUGUGCUAGAGGCAUGUGGUGUUAACAAGUCGUUAAUUAAGCGUGGUGUGAAGGAAGGUGACACAGUCAUCAUUGGUGAGAUGGAGAUGGUAUGGCAUAAUUCUCCAAACAGUUCUGGCCCUAACAGGAAGAUCUCAACAGAUUCUGUGAAGUGGGCUGAUUGGAAACAAUAAACCAUAUUAUUCUAGUCAAAGAAAGGUGCUGGUUAUUUUAUGAAGUGGAUGACAUGUAUUGGAGUUGCAGUAAGUACUGGAUAUAUACGUCUCAUUGGGCCAUGUGACAAACAGCCGUAGACGGUUGGGCUUGAAUGUCGGAUCCGAAUCUCAUCAUAUGGAACCCCAAGUUGGAACUCAACAGUUUUUCCUAAUUUUUUCAAUUUCAAAUUAUUUUUAUGUUGUAAAACAUGGGAUAUUUGAAUGCAUUAAUUUACGCCUUUGUUUAGGUAGUCAAAUUAAUUCCUGGGGUGCUUUAGGCUUGACUUGCCUGAUUUAUAUUUAUCCUAUAAAGAGAGAUGUAUGUAAUAGUUGAACAUUAGAUAUUUUAUCAAUUUUCUUUCAGGGUGCUUU